AUGUUCAUCGCACAGUAUCUCCAAUCCUUGUCGACUGGGGAUCUAGCCACCGAUGCAAAAUACAUUGUUGGCCUCCUUGGAGUUUCUACUCUAGUCUACAUUUUCUGCCUUGCAAUAUACCGAGUAUGGUUUCAUCCACUUGCAAAGUACCCGGGUCCUUUAUUGGGCAGAAUCACUCCUCUCUAUGACUUCUACAUUGCAUAUGGGGAGAAGCGGGCGCAUCACUUUGCGUACAUGCACGCAAAGUAUGGCCCUGUCGUCCGCUUUACCCCAGACUACUUGAGCUUCAAUUCAACCAAAGCAUUCGAAGAUAUCUAUGGAUGGAAGGCAAAUGUCAGAAAGACGGACUCCAUGACAUCGACGCAGUCAGACCCAGAAACAAUGAGCACUUUCAGUGAGAUUCAUCGUGUACCAGCUCUCAAGAAACGAAAGAUACUUCAACAAGGCUUCUCUGAGUCGGCAUUGAGAGAUGCGGAAGAGUACAUCGUAGACCAGAUUAACAUCUUCUGUCGAGAGCUUGUCAAUCCAGCGACGGAACAUAAAAAGGAUAUGUCACUCUGGCUUAACUACCUGGCCUACGAUAUCAUGGGCGAAAUUGUGUUCGGCAAAGGUUUCAACAUGUUGACCAACGACAAGAUCAGAUACAUCCUUCCGCUGAUUGAUGACAUGACCUUCAGUAUGCUCUUGGGUGGCAUCAUCCCUUCUUUCCACAAAUGGGGUUUGAUUGACUGGAUCUUCCCUAGUAUCUCUGCUGGCAGGAUGAAGUUUAUCAAAGAGUCGGAAGCUCGAGUCGCUGCGAGAAUUGCAGAGGGUGUGUCUAACUCAGCUGGUCGUAAGGACUUUUUCUAUCAUUUGAUGAAACACCGUGACCCAGAGACGGGCGAACCCCUAUCAAAGAAAAUGUUGUUGACAGAAGGUGUCCUCCUGAUUACCGCCGGUAGUGACACAACUUCGACAGGUCUUGCUGGAGCAUUAUUCUACUUGCUUAAGCAUCCACAUUGCAUGAAGAGACUACGGGAAGAACUCGACUCUGUUUUUGACACCGUCGAGGAGAUUCGAAUGACUACAAAAAUGACCAAGUGUAGAUAUCUAAAGGCUUGCAUCGACGAGUCAUUGCGCAUGGCCCCACCGGGUCCCGGUAUGUCGCCACGAACCGUCAUGGAAGGAGGAAUGAUGAUCGACGGAGAGUAUUUUCCUGAAGGCACUGAUGUGGGCGGAGCGGCCUAUACUUAUGCUUACAAUCCAGAAAACUUCACUGACCCAGAGGUUUUCCGACCUGAACGCUUCCUCUUGGGAGAAGGGGAACCUGAGCCGGAUGUUCUCCGAGCUAAAGGAAGCUAUUGGCCGUUUGGAACCGGAGUCCGCAAGUGUCCUGGCAUGAAAAUGGCCUUACAGGAACUCUAUCUUGGUAUUGCAAGAACUGUAUACCUCUUUGACAUCACAUCAGAGAAGCCCGAAGAGCUCAAGACCAAUUUCGAAAUUCUGGACCACUUCAACGUGAAAAAGGAAGGACCCUGGUGCUCAUUCAAACUCCGAGAGGGUAGACAACUCCCUUCUUGUCGCCCUGUUAGUUCAUAA